UAUGAAUUUCAACAUAGGACCUAAGCCUAGUUUUAACAUGCCUAAAUAGAUUUAAUGUCUCAAGGAAGCAAAACCAUAUUCUUGUCUGGAAAUAGAAAGCACAGAUUGUUUCAAGAACGAAACAAUUAUAAAAAAUGUUAGUUUUGCUCCAACUAUUACUAUCUUCCUAAGAUAUCAGGAUGAAGACGUGGUUAAAUUCAAAGAUAGACUAAGAAAACAAGUGUAAUAGACUAAAGAAACCUUUGAUUUUCAUCCAUCUCUUGACAAACCAAAAAAGAAAGGAUAACUUAAGUCUUGUUUAAAAUCCAUUGUUGAUUGGGAUGUUUGAGAAAUUUUGAUGAAG